GACGUAACCGCGCAGCCUGCCUGUCAGUACGGUGGAGAAAUGCAGUGUUUGCUGCAGCGGCGCAUUGGAGGUUUAUGAAAUCCUUGCGUGUAUUUCUUUUAAAGGUGGGGAAAUGGCCUCGCUCCAGAUGUACAGGUUUAUUCGCCGGUUGGUCGCCGAAAACGUGCGCUUUUAAAAGGCAGCGAGUGGGCUAAACGCUCGCCAGCCGUCGCCAUCUAGAUAAAAACUGGGUUCGCGGACAGAAGAAAGAAGACAACAGGAUCUGGACACGUUUACACAAACCUAUGAGACUCUUAUCAGGUGAGAGAUGGAUAUGAGAGAGGUGUAUGUGGUAGCCGGCAGCUUCGUGGGUUUCCAGCUCUUCUUCUCCUGCGUCAGUCCCGUUCUGUCUUCCAACUUCACGCAGGGUUAUGGGAAACUUCCACCGAACAAACUCAACGACUGGAACUCCAGGUUGGUGUCCACUGUCCAUGCACUAAUUGUGGGACUGUUCUGUCUCUACAUCCUCUGGUAUGACGAUGCUGUAAAUGAAGACCCCGUCUGGGGUGAUCCUAACUUGGUAAAACUCAACGUGGCCAUCACUUGUGGAUACUUGUUCUAUGACCUGUUGCUUCUGGCUUGUAACUGGAGUACGAUGGGAGAUGUGUUUUUUGUCUGUCACCACUUGGCGGCGCUGUAUGCCUAUGGAUAUGUGCUGACACGUGGAGUACUUCCUUAUUUUGCGAACUUCCGACUGAUUUCAGAAUUGUCAACGCCAUUUGUGAACCAAAGGUGGUUUUUCGAAGCAUUAGCCUAUCCUCGCACUCACCAGCUGGUUGUCGCCAAUGGCAUUGCGAUGGCGGUCGUGUUCUUCCUUGUGCGGAUUGCAGUGAUGCCACCCUACUGGGCCAAAGUGUUUGGCAUCAUAUAUUCGCCAACGUUUGAAAAGCUUGGUCUCGCAAUUCAGGUGGCCUGGAUCAUAUCCUGCGUCUGUUUGGAUAUCCUAAAUAUAAUCUGGAUGUACAAAAUCGCUCGCGGCUGCUACAAGGUCAUAACCGGCAAGCUAAAAGGGCGCAAAGCGGACUCCAAAAAAACCACUUGCGUGAACAACCACACAGACUGAGAAACACCGGCAAUAAAGACCCGUACUGAUUUAGAUUUAGACGUAUUCUCUUUUCAGAAUAUAGCGACUUCUCCUUUCCAUUGUGCUCUGGAUGGAGGUUUGGAGGAUCAUCCCGGUGUGGUUUUAACAUGUGCAGACACUCUGACUUUUCACAUCUAUCAGUGAAAGUCGAGCCGAUUAACGAACCCGUUAUGCCUCAAACACAACCAAAGUGCCUCCAAGCACAAAGUGAAGCAAUAGAACAUCGGUAUAUGAGCUUGCGACCACAGAAAGUCCAUCGCAUGUCCAUCGCAAAAAAAAAGCCUUACGUAAAAGCCGUCCAUGUUUUGUUUAGUUUUUUUUUCUCGAAACCUAUCGCCGUCGAUCCUUGGAGCCAGUGUUUCCUGUGAUAUUUACACUGAUGUGCCUCAGUGGUCUUGAAUAUCCGUGACUUUGCUCCAAAAUCACGCAACUGUUGGCGGAGCGGAGCUUCAUUCAGUCUUAUGUCAACACUACAUCGCCAGUCAGACCUGUUGAAAGGCUCCAUGAAAACAAAAAUCUACCUCUCUCACCGUGUCAAGCACAAGCCGUACGGACUUCAGUGGAGGACAGUCAACGAGAUAUGAUCGCUUGCUGUUAUUUUCUAGCACCGCAGAACUCUUAUGUUGCACGUCAGUCGUUUAUUGCAUUUCCUGAAAUCAAAGGUGGAGUUUGAGUAGUUUGUUCGGUCUUGUGUGCAUUAGAUUUCAAGAAGCUGCAUGGUUUGUUUCUUGAGUCCUUCGGUGCAUCCUUUUCUUGCAUGCGUUGCAAGUAGAUCAUUUAAGCAUCCUGGGUUUACGACUUAAUGGCAACUGGUGCAAAUUCAACAUGGUCUUUUCCCUCUACUCUCUUCCUGCCAAAUCGAAGGGUUUUUUUCAGCUGUCGCUUGAUUCUCUCGAAUGCGAGUUUCAGCUUGUAUUUAUGUGGGCAUUUAAACCCAUGUUGCAUUGUGCUGUGGUGUUAUGAUAACAGUAUAUACAUAUAUAGAUAUAUAUAUGCAUAAAGGAAAACCAUAUGCAGUACUUAUUCCUGCCAAGAGUAAAUCCCUCUUUAUUCAGAGCUAGCGUUUCUCUUCUGAACUUCAGGUACUUCUCCAAAAUGAAUGUUCUGACUUCUUUAAAUGGGUAAUUCUGGCAGAGAAUGGGAAAGGAUUGUGGGAAAUGUAGUUUUCUGCCUUAUGUCCGUGAUUCGAAAUAACCAAAUCAUCCUCCAGGCCUUGAAAUAUAUGAAGCUGUGACGACAGAAAUAUAUUCCAGUGACGUUUUUUUUUUUUUUGGAGAAGAAAAGCGUCUGGUCGUAAUUAUAUGUACUUGUAAUGUCUGAAAUGAGCUGUAAUCUUAGUGUUUAUGGAAGGAGGCUUUAUGGUACAGCAUCCACACAACUAGUGCACAAUCAGACGCCUUUGCGGCGUUUAUAUUGUAAUGUUUCUCAGUAGACAAUAUGCUAAUCCAAGCCUAUUGCGUUCUUAAAGGGCUUAUCGAAAUCAAAAGGAAGCGCGACGAAUUUGAUACUUAAAAUACUGCAUUUGAUUGAUUGAUGAUGAUGUUGAUGAUGAUAAGUAUUCAUUAAUAAAAAUCUUGAUUGUUUUCUGUAGAACAGUCACUAAAAAAUGUGCCUGUUGCUGUAUAUGCAACAAGGUUUGCAUGUAUGAAACAAACAGUAUAGUCUGUACUAGCUUGUAGAGUUAGCGUAACACUCAUUUUAUACUGCACUCUAGAUACACUUAGUAAAUGUGAUUGCUCAUAUCAAAUGUGCUAGUUAUAUUGUUUACAAAAACCUUUUCUUUUCUUUUUUUCUUUUUUUUUAUUGAUCUAUGCUGCACUUGCUUACUCGCGUCUGGUUUGAUCCUCACGUUGAGCAAAUAUACCAAUCUAGGCUCAUUCUGAAAACGUAGUCCCGUGGACGUAUCUGCAGACUUCGAAAUACGUCUCGGGAGGUACGGAUUUUUACAGUUUUUGUAUUCGCGACUCCACGCAAGCCUGCUGUGUGCUGCUUUUCAUAUCUCAGAUGUGUCUCGCGAAGAGUCAUUCGCGUCCGCGAUGUUCUCGCGUAAACCGCUAUCUACCAUCUGUCUGACUGACUGAAUGAUUGACUGGGCGACCCGCCAAUCGACUAACCCACCCUUCUCCUUCCCUAAACCCAACCGACGAUUUACAAAAGCCGUCCAGAAAAAAAAGCCCUUGUCGGAUUUUUUUUUUUUUUGGGGGGGGAAUUUUUACUGCAUUCUCAACUGCGUUCUCUCGUUCAUUUUAUUUUUCAAAUUCUGUUUUUGUCUUAUCUGAUUUCUGGGACCGCUCUUCCCGGGCUCAAACCCGGUCUCUUUCGUCGUGGUCAACUCCUAUCUGCGUCUCAAGUCCGCUGGCAAACACGACACGCUAACUGCACAAACUGAUUGCAGUGGGAAAGCCCUCCACACGGAGGUAAGCGGUCAGCCGGUAAGCGCCAUCAAACCACCCCGUAGCAUUCGCUUAAAUGAAAUGCAGCCAUAUGUACCUCCGGCUACAUAAUUCACGAUCUCCAGAAACAUCCACGGGACAACGUUUUCAGAAUGAGUCCAAGUUGAAAUAUACGGUGUCCUAAAUUAGACGAAAAGUGUUUUUCAUGGUCACAAUGAGCCCUGAAUAAUUUCAGUGUUUCAGACUCACGUGAUUUUUAGUCACUAUCAAUUAAAUCUCUUUAUUCAGACUUCUAAAUUUUGUUUGUUUUUCUGUUAUAAUAUAUUGGAGGAAGAAGAUUAUCAACAACAAGGAGCAAUAAUCUAUAAGAGGGUUUCUUUUUUUUUUUCUUUUUUUUUUAUAAUUUGCGCUUUUGCUGUCGGCCAUUUGAACAAACAACCUGGAAUAUAAAGGAACGAUUUCUUUUGUGCAAUUUGGUGACUAGCCCGAUGCCAGUAUUGAAAAUCUCUCUCUAUGUGUGUAAAUACCUUCAGUCUUGAAGUAGAAGGAGCUUGUAAGAAGUGAUUGUAUGGAUACUUAAGCGAGCACAGAACUCUGUUGGGUAAUUGUAGUUGAUUUGAUUGGUUUUUAUCUUGUUUUAUCACAUUACUUUACUGUGGAUCCAAUCAUCUCGGGAUAUUUUAAUGUGAAAUUCGAGUCUUUAGAGCCUCUGAUGGGUGACUUUAAUGACCACUAAUAAUAUUGUCCACGUAGCAGUCAAAACUUGAGAAAUUGAUGAUUUGUUCAUUAAUAAAUAUGGGAUUAUCAGAC